GUGACGACAGACGACACCGAGCAACUCGCACUGACAUCUAGAGGCCAGGAGGAAUAUCUUCAAUAACAGCCAUAUAAAACGAGUAGAGUAAAGUUUUUUUGAACCCACGUGGUCAACCAAAACAUCAUGGCGGCUGGAUUCAAGACUGCGGAGCCUCUGGAGUACCAUAGGAGCUUUCUAAAAGAAAACUGUCGACCCGAUGGACGCGAGCUGUUAGAAUUCAGAACCACCACCCUCAACAUUGGGUCCAUCUCUACCGCAGAUGGCUCGGCGCUGGUCAAGCUGGGAAACACCACCGUUAUCUGCGGGGUGAAAGCGGAGCUGGCCAAUCCCUCAGUGGAGGGGCCUGGGAAAGGCUUCAUUGUGCCCAAUGUGGACCUUCCGCCUCUCUGCUCCUCACAGUUCCGACCAGGUCCACCUGGAGAACAGGCCCAGGCUGCUAGUCAGUUCAUGGCUAACGUCAUUGAGAGCUCGGAGAUGUUGCAGACAGAGGACUUGUGCAUCGAAAGAGGAAAGCUCUGCUGGUGUUUAUACUGCGACAUGAUGUGUCUUGACUAUGACGGCAAUGUGUUGGAUGCGUGCACGCUUGCCCUGCUGGCCGCUCUGAAGAACACUCGACUCCCAGAGGUGGUCAUCAACGCUGACACGUGCUCGCCAGAGGUCAACUUAGAGAAGAGACGCAGGUUGAAGAUUGUCAAGCAUCCUGUCGCCGCCUCUUUCUGUGUCUUUGACGACUCCAUCGUCAUCACCGACCCGACGGCUGAAGAGGAGCAACUGUCCACCUCUCAGCUCACCGUGGUAACAGACGAGGAAGGUCGCCUGUGCUCGAUGCAUAAACCAGGUGGCACGUCGUUGUCCGGGGAGAGGCUGCAGGAGUUUAUUAACCGAGCGACGGCCCGUCAGAAAGAAAUCCAAAAACUCAUCAAGAAAGUGAUAAAAAGCAUCACAAGCACAAAAUAAGGAGCCUUAGACCUGCUUUUUUAUCUAAAAGCUGUAUUUUCACUGUCAAUAUAUAUUCUUUUUUUAAUAACAAUAAAACUGCUGACAAAGA